CUCCCAUAACUGAAAACUCAUUCCAAAAACGCAACAAUUCCAGCAUUCUAUGGCUCAAGAACAAGAAAAGCUUCAAUUCCCACUAGACUCCCACUCAUACAAAAUCUUAAACGAGAUUGGUGUUGGUGUGAGUGCUGUAGUUUACAAAGCAAUAUGUGUUCCUCUUAAUUCAACUAUAGUUGCUAUCAAAUCCAUCGAUCUUGAUCAGUCUAGAGCAGAGUUCGACAAUCUUAGAUGGGAAACCAAGACUCUGUCUCUUCUUUCACACCCAAAUAUCCUCAAAUCCCAUUGUUCUUUCACCGUCGGCCGCCGUCUUUGGGUAGUUAUGCCUUUCAUGUCAGCUGGUUCUCUCCAAUCCAUAAUCUCAUCUUCUUUUCCUGACGGUUUAUCAGAGCCAUGCAUUGCUGUUAUUCUUAAAGAAACACUGAACGCAUUGUCGUAUCUUCACAAUCAAGGUCACCUGCAUAGAGAUAUCAAAGCAGGCAACAUUCUUAUGGACUCAAAUGGGAAUAUUAAGCUUGCUGAUUUCGGAGUAUCAGCCUCGAUUUACGAGUCGAUUACCAUGCAACAGGGCUGGUCUUCGUCUUCUUGUUCAUCAAGAUUGAUGCUUACGGAUGUUGCAGGAACACCCUACUGGAUGGCACCUGAAGUUAUACAUUCUCAUACUGGGUAUAGUUUCAAAGCUGAUAUUUGGUCUUUUGGAAUUACUGCAUUGGAAUUAGCUCAUGGCUGUCCUCCAUUUUCUCAUCUUCCUCUUUCAAAAUCUUUAAUCAUGAAGAUUACAAAGAGGUUUAAGUUUUCUGAUUAUGAAAAGAAGAAGAAAUUCUCUAAAGCUUUUAAAGAUAUGGUGGCUUCUUGUCUUGAUCAGGAUCCAUCCAAAAGACCAUCUGCCGACAAGCUUUUGAAGCAUUCUUUUUUCAAGAAUUGCAAGGGUUUGGAUUUUCUUGUCAAGAAUGUUCUGAACGGAUUGCCUAGUGUUGAAGACAGACUUAAAGAAAACAAGUGUGAUGAGAAUCAAAUAGGUGAAGAAAUUGUGAAGAUGAGGAGAAUUAGUGGGUGGAACUUUAAUGAAAAAGAUUUUGAGCUUGACCCGGUAUUUCCUACAGAAGAUGAAUCACUAGUGAAACAGGUUCGUUUUGGAGGUGAAAGCUUUAUUCAAGAAAUGAAAACUGAUGAGCCAAGCGAGUCGGGUGAGUCGGGUGUGAGUUCACCUGCGGGAUUUGGAGAUGAAGAGAGAGCAAUUGAUAAGGAUAGAAUGGUAAGUGGAUUAAUGACGUUAAAGAAGAGUUUAGAGGAGCAGCGAGAAAAGGUGAGCAAUCUGAUAAGAUUGUUGGGAGGAGAAGUGUGUAGAGAAGAAGAGCUUGUUGUUGUGAUAGAAAAGCUAAAGAUGGAAUUAGAGAUUGAGAGGCAGAAGAAAGUUGAGUUAGAGAUGGAAUUGGAGUUUCUUAAGCAUUUAAGUUCUGGACCAUAUAAUAGUACUGCUUCUGACUAGUAUGUGUACUUAUUGUAAAGUAGCAUUACUCUGUAUUUCCCCUAUCAAAUGACUGUGAAUUGCAACAUCUGUGUACCCUUAUCAUACAUGUGUUGUUCCAUUGACAUAGAUCAUGAUCUUGUCUGAGUUCACAGUUUGUAUAUGAUAAAUGGCUGUUCAUUUUCUUAACAGUUUUAGCU